AUGCACACAUGAACACACACAGAUACACACACGCACUAUGACUGCAUCUGAAACAAAAAAAUGCCUUCUAAGAUAGCAUUUGGUGGCAGCAAGGCAUGAAUGAAUCAAAUAUUUGUAUACAUUUCUGCCGUGUAAGUUACCCUCGUUUUGCUGAAUUUUGAAGGCAGUGUACAUGUAUCCUUCAGGAUUCUUUAGCACGUCUCAACUCCCACUGAUUAGUCAGCUGUCGGAAUCAUGGCAACGCUGUUCUGUGUUGCUAUCUUGCUCGGCUCUCAGACACAAAGUUCAUAGCCGGUACCUUGAUGCCUGCUACAGCAAGUGACUCGUUAGACAGUUGAAGGCAGCGACAGCAGACCCAUUGAAACCUUCUUAUCGAGCAUGCACACUAUAAAGUUGGCCUCAUUUGGAGGAAUCUCACUGUUACAGAUAUUCAUUGAGAUGAGUGAGAUGAGAUCGAGUGCGACAGCGUGUGCGUGUGUGUGCACGUGCGUGUGUGUGUGUGCGUGUGUGCGUGUGUGCGUGCGUGCGUGCGUGCGUGCGUGCGUGCGUGCGUGCGUAAACGUCUUUCAACCGGAGCGUUCUGGACCCCCUUCUGCUCCUAGGCAAGACCGCCCUCCACCUUGCUGCCAAGGCCGGACACACACUCUGCAUGCAGAGGCUGCUACAGAAUAACUGUCCCAUUGAUGCCACAGACCUGCAAGGAAGAACAGCAGUACAUGAUGCAGUCAUGGCUGGAAGUGUGGUCAGUGUCAAACUGCUCUGUAGCCGAGCUGCAUCAAUCAAUGCUGUGGACAUGGACGGAUGCACGCCUCUGUCAUUGGCUGCCCAGAGGUGCCAGGCUGGUGUGUGCCAUCCUCUUCUGGAGGCUGGCGCCUCCAUAAACCACCGGGACAAACAGAACAAAACUCCUCUGAUGUGGGGGUGUGAGUGUGGGAGUAAGGAGGUUGUGGAGGCGUUGCUGAGGGCCGGAGCUGAUGUCACGGCGCAGGAUGUCCAGGGUCACGACGCCUUCCACUACGCCCGCCUGACGCAGGACCAGCAGCUCAUCAUCAUGCUCAAGAACGCCUUGGACACAGCCUUCAGAGCCAAAAAGGUGACCAAGGCUUCACAGAGAGCACAGCAGGCCCUGCUGGCCUCCUCUGGUGUGGAGUGGACCAACAGAGGAGGAGGAGGAGGAGGAGGAGGAAGAGGAGGAGGAGGAGGAGGAGGAGGAGUGGACUCGGUAAAGGACAGAGUGUCGCCAGCGGAGCUUCACCCUAUUAAAGGAGCACCCAUCAUGCCCGCCACCGUGCCCACUGUGGUGCCCAGACCUGCUGUCCGCCCGGGUGAGGCCUUCGUGGGCGAGGUGGAGGCGCUCCGUCGGGAGCUGCGGGAAGUGCGGAGGAGGCAGGAGGUGGCGGAGGACGAGGCUCUGAAGCUGCGCGCGCUGCUCUCCCAGAGGGAGGCUCAGCACGAGGAGGAGCGGAGGGCUGGGGAGCGGGUGCUAAAGGAGGCGCACGGACGCUCCUGGCAGCUGGAGGAGGCUCUGCGGGAGGUGCAGCGCAGGAUGGCGGGCUCGGAGGCGCGCGUGCGCCAGAUGCAGGCCCACCUGAUGGCCGUGCGGGAGAACCUGGUCGAGGAGCUGCGGGCACAGCUGCAGGAGGCCAAGGUGCAGCGGGAGGAGGCGCAGGGGCAGGUGGCGCGCCUCCACGGGGAGCUGAGCCUGAGCCGGAGGCGGGCAGAGGAGCAGCGCGUCAGGGAGGAGCAGCUGGCCGAGGAGGUGCAGAGGAUGCGGCAGCACCUGGAGCGGGCCGAGCGGGAAAGGGACGAGGUGGACGCCAGGCUGGCACACGCAGAGGCCAGUCUGAAGGACAGGGAGCUGGACACCACCAAGAAGCUGCUGUCGGACGCCAUGGGCAGGCAGAUUGUCAAACUGCGGAAGGGCCAGGACAGCCUGGCAUACAGCGAAACACAGGUGGCCCAUUCGGAGAUGCUGCCUGCCGGUCAGAGACAGGAGAUGGCACAGAUCACCACUUCUGGGCAUGAGUUCGACAAGGAGCGCACAGAGACACAUUGUGCCAUCUCUCCUCAUUCUGCUCAUGAAGAUGGCACUGGGGCGAAAUACACCACCUCUCUAAAAGACACAUGCGAGGAGGCUGGCAUGGCACAAAGCACCACUCCUACCCAUGCCACCCGGAGAGAAGCCCCAGUCCCAGGCAGCACGUCUCUGCCUCCGCUAGCGCUUCAGGGCACCCAGUCCUCAGCUGAGCCCCAGGACCCUGCGUCCAUCAGACCCCCUCCUCUGGACGAUUACGUCCCUCGUGAGGAUCACUCGGCCCUGACGAGCUCCCUGACCACCGUGCUGGAGCAGGCGGAGGCGCGGACGGAGGAGGCCCUGAGGCAGUACCAGGAGGCGCGGGAGGAGGCCAACGGCCUGCUGAGGGAGCUGCAGCAGCAGCGGGCCGAGCUGGACACCUUCCAGGAGGCGCUGAAGACUCGCUUCGUCCCGCUGGACACACUCGAGGAGAAGGAGAGGGAGCUCACCCAGCUCAGGGAGGUGCUGCAGGAGAAAGAGGAGACCACGCUGAAGGAGAAGGAGAAAGAGAAGACUUUGAUCGAGGAGAAGGAGAGGGAGAUUGCCCAGCUCAGGGAGGUGCUGCAGGAGAAAGAGCAGACCACUGUGAAGGAGAAGGUAAAGGAGGUGACUGUGCUCAGUGAGCAGGAGAAGGAGCUCACCCAACUCCGGCUAACCUUGCAGGAGAAGGAGCAGGCUGCACAGGAAGGGAGAGAGAGGGAGCUCACUGUGCUCAGUGAGAAGGACAGGGAGCUGACACAGCUGAGACUUAGCCUGCAACAGAAAGAGCAGGCCAUGCUAGUGGAGGGUAAGGGGAGCAAGGCGGCUCUGGAGAAGAAAGAGAAGGAGCUGAGCCAACUCAGGCUAACUUUACAAGAGAGGGAGCAGGCCAUGCAGGGGGAGAGGAGCGAGAACAAGGCGGCCCUGGAGGAGAAGGAGAGGAAGCUGAACGAGCUCAGAGUUGUCCUGCAGGAGAGGGAGAAGGCUGUCAUGAAAGAGGAGAAACAAGAGAGAGUUGCUUUGGAGGAGAUGGAGAAGGAGCUGAGCCAACUCAGGCUAACUUUACAAGAGAGGGAGCAGGCCAUGCAGGAGCAGAAGAAGAGAGAGCUGAAUGAACUCAGUGGUGUUCUGCAGGAGAGAGAGUCGACUGCCAUAAAGGAGAAGGAAAGAGCGCAAGCUGCACUUGAGGACAAGGAGAAUGAGCUAGCCCAAAUCAGGGCUUCUCUUCAGGAGAGAGAGAUGGACUGCAAUGAGAAGGAGAAGGAGCUAGCUCAUCUCAAGAUAUCUCUUCAGGAGAGAGAGAAGGCCGCCGUUGAGAACGAGAAGGAACUAGCUCAUCUCAGGGGAGUUCUUCAGGAGAGAGAGAAGGCUGCUGUGGCAAACGAGAAGGAACUAGCUCAUCUCAAAAUAUCUCUUCAGGAGAGAGAGAAGGCUGCCGUGGCAAACGAGAAGGAACUAGCUCAUCUCAAGAUAUCUCUUCAGGAGAGAGAGAUGGAAUGCAAUGAGAAGGAGAAGGAGCUAGCUCAGCUCAAGAUAUCUCUUCAGGAGAGAGAGAAGGCUGCCGUGGAGAAGGAGAAGGAGCUAGCUCAGCUCAGGGGAGUUCUUCAGGAGAGAGAGAAGGAUUAUCUGGGGAAAGAGAAGGAGCUGGACCAACUCAGACUAGCACUACAGGAGAGAGAGAUGGACUGCAAUGAGAAGGAGAAGGAGCUAGCUCAGCUCAAGAUAUCUCUUCAGGAGAGAGAGAAGGCUGCCGUGGAGAAGGAGAAGGAGCUAGCUCAGCUCAGGGGAGUUCUUCAGGAGAGAGAGAAGGAUUCUCUGGGGAAAGAGAAGGAGCUGGACCAACUCAGACUAGCACUACAGGAGAGAGAGAUGGACUCCCGUGAGAAGGAGAGUGAGCUGGAUCAACUCAGGCUGACUUUGCAGGAGGGAGGAGGAAGAGGAGGAAAGGCAGGAGACGAAGAGCAGGAGGAGCAGCGAGAGGCAAGUGAUGCUCCUCUUCCUUGCUGCCACGUGGCAGAGACUCUGGAGACCUCAGACAGCAUCCAGUAUCAGCAGAGCCUCUGGCAAAAGAGCAAGCAUGACAAACACACUCAGGUUCCUGGGCUCCAGGAGGAGGGUGAGGGAGCCAGGCUGGUUGCCCGAGGCUGCCUGUCCCCAGGGGCCGAGGCUGGGGGUGAAGCUGGAUGCCUGGAGGCCCACAGUGGCCUGGCGGGCGAUGGAGAGGCCCAGGGAGACGCCAGCAACCUCCAGACCCAGAUAACCUGCCUGAAGCAGCAGCUGGAGGAGUCAGAGACGAGACACAGAGAAGUUCUCUCCAUGUAUCGGGCUCGGCUGCUGGAAGCAGCUCAGGGCUACAUGGAUGAGGAGGCUCGGGCGGCCUUGCUGCAGAUAGCCGUGAUGAGGCGAGAGUGUGUGUAUUGACCCUGAGUCUCCCUGAGCGCCUACAUCCGUAACGGACUGAUGGAGUGGCCUCUGCACUGUGUGUGUGUGUGUGUGUGUGAGUGUGUUAUGAACAGCAAUAGCAUCAAGUCAUCUGAGGACUUGCAGAAAAUAUGUGUGUGAGGAGGGAGGGUGAGAUGGGAUCAGAGGUGUAAAGGGGGCUGCUGUCAUUGUGUCAGGAGUUCAAAUGAGAGUUUGUGUCAAUGUGUCAAUCACUCAAACUGUUAACCUGCUGCUGUGAAGAUCCAAAGAAAUAGAAGGACUUUUUCUUCCAUGUACAAUGUACAUUACUUCAAUAUACAGUACUUUUCUUAAAAGUAUCUUUCUGAAAGGUUGAAAAAUUGACUAUUAUUCUGCUUUCUCAUUCUUCUCUCUACAAUACAUGAAAUAAAUUCAAAAUAAAAAGUAGACUAAUAAUAAUGUUAUUAAUAACAAUAAUAGCAAUGAUAAUAGGUUGUCUAAACACUUGUGGUAAACAAAGGAAGCUCACUGCUCAACACCUCCUUUGUGCAGCAGCAAGCCUGUGUUAGAGGGAGUGAUUCUGAUUCCAGUAAAACUUACAAGUUUAGAGUUUGCCCUCUUGUGGUCAUCUCUGAGACAGCAGUGACCUUCAUUGGUUUAUCUUUCUGUUGGCCUGUCUUAUGAGUGUUUUACAUCCUCUUGUGGAGAUGUUUGUGCUGAGUUUGUGCAUUU